CGCCGCCUCCCCCCGCUGCAGGAGGAAGCGGAGAGCUGCCUCUGGGCUCAGGCUGGGAAAGAAACCACCUUCCGACUCCUUUUUCCCACGGAAAGAGCCCGUCCCUCACGCUCGGUGGGGUGCGGGGCCGCGGGCAGGGGCUGCGCUGCACGGCGCGGUCCAUGGGGUGGAUGGCGCUGGUGCUUUUGUGCUGCCUCCUGCGAGCGGCGCCCGCAGCCGCCCGGCGGGGGGAGGAGGGCGGCCGGGAUGCGUGGGAUGGCCGGGAUGCGUGGGAUGCAGGCGGCCGGGAGAAAGAAGCGGCGCUCCGGGAAAGUGCUAAAAGAAUUAGAUUGCUGAAUUCAUCAUCAAAAGAUAAUACAACUGCUUUCUAUGGAAUAAAUCAGUUUUCUUACCUGUUUCCUGAAGAGUUCAAAGCUAUUUACUUAAGAAGCAUACCUCACAAACUUCCCAGAUACAUAAAAGUGCCAAAGGGAAAAGAAAAACCUUUGCCAAAGAAGUUUGACUGGAGGGACAAGAAAGUCAUUGCAGAAGUGAGGAAUCAGCAAACAUGUGGAGGCUGCUGGGCUUUCAGCGUUGUGGGUGGUAUAGAGUCUGCCUAUGCAAUUAAAGGAAAUAACUUGGAAGAGCUCAGCGUACAGCAGGUCAUUGACUGUUCAUACAAUAAUUAUGGCUGCAAUGGAGGAUCCACUGUUAGUGCUUUGAGCUGGCUGAACCAGACAAAAGUAAAGCUUGUGAGAGACUCAGAAUACAGUUUUAAAGCUCAGACAGGACUGUGCCAUUAUUUUGGUCUCUCAGAUUUUGGAGUUUCAAUAACAGGAUUUGCUGCGUAUGACUUCAGUGGUCAGGAGGAAGAAAUGAUGAGGAUGCUUGUUAACUGGGGCCCUUUGGCAGUAACAGUAGAUGCAGUUAGCUGGCAGGAUUAUCUCGGUGGGAUCAUACAGUAUCACUGCUCCAGUGGAAGAGCAAAUCAUGCUGUUCUAAUCACUGGUUUUGACAGAACAGGUAGUAUCCCUUACUGGAUUGUACAGAACUCUUGGGGGCUUACAUGGGGAAUAGAUGGCUAUGUUCAUGUUAAGAUAGGCGGCAAUGUCUGUGGUAUAGCAGAUACAGUUUCAUCAGUAUUUGUUUGAUACUUACUGGUCAGAGACCACAAGUAUUGCGUGGACGCACGCUGUAUAUGUCUUACUUCAAAGCAACAUUUUCUGUAAUAAAAAAAUAGCUGUAAGAGCAAUUCCUGCAGAAAUGGAGACUGGAAGUGUGUGUGUAUCUCCAAAGGAAGCAUUUAAAAAGAUGAGAGUCCAUCUAUGACAAGAUGACACAGCUUUAUCAAU